CAUGGCUGCCGCCCCGCCGAGACCGCCUGCGCCGACGGGCGCUGCGUGCCCCGCGAUUACCUCUGCGACGGAGAGCGCGACUGCCCCGACGGCAGCGACGAAGAGGGCUGUGGCACCCCGUCGCCCUGCGAGCCCAACGAGUUCAAGUGCCGCAAUGGGCACUGCGCCCUGAAGCUGUGGCGCUGCGAUGGGGACAACGACUGCGGGGACGGCUCGGAUGAGACCGGCUGCCCCACCAAGGUGCCCGGCAUGCCCUGCGGCCCCGACCAGUUCAGCUGCGUGGUCAGCGGCGCCUGCAUCCCCGCCAGCUACCACUGCGACGAGGAGCCCGACUGCCCCGACCGCUCCGACGAGGUCGGCUGCAUGCCGCCGCAGGUGGUGACGCCGCCGCAGGAGUCGGUGCGGGCGGUGCCGGGGCAGACGGUCAGCUUCACCUGCGCAGCCACCGGCGUGCCCACCCCCAUCAUCACCUGGCGCCUCAACUGGGGCAGCAUCCCCGCCAGCCGCAGGGUGUCCAUUGUGAGCGAGGGCGGGCAGGGCACGCUGACCAUCCGGGACGUGAAGGAAGCCGACCAGGGUGCCUACACCUGUGAGGCCAUCAACACCCGCGGCAUGGUCUUCGGCAUCCCCGACAGCGUCCUCACGGUCACCCCACGCCCUGGUCCCUGCCCUGAGGGCCAUUUCCAGGUAACGGGCACGUCCCGCUGCCUGCCCUGCUUCUGCUUCGGUGUCACCUCCUCCUGCCACGCCACCACCCGCCACCGCCGCCGCAUUCACCUGAGCUUCGAUCGCCCCGAUGACUUCAAGGGUGUCAAUGUGACGGUGCCAUCGGCCCCAUCUGUGCCGGCGCUGUCGGCCACCCAGCUGCAUGUGGACAUGGCCACCGAGGAAUUCCAGCUGCUGGACCUGUCCCGGCGCUUCCUGGCCCUCGAUGCCUUCUGGGCACUGCCGGCCCAAUUCCUGGGUGACAAGGUGGAUGCCUACGGGGGAGCACUGAGCUAUGGCAUACGCUACCGGCUGGGCCGAGGGCCCCCUGAGCCAGCCCCGCGCCCCGACGUGCUGCUGCGGGGCCACGGCCGCCAGCUCCAGGCACGCGCCAGCACCACCCAGCCUGAUGUCCUCAACCGCCGCCACAUCCCCUUCACCGAGGACAACUGGGAAGAUGAGACGGGUGCGCCGGUGAGCCGGGAGCUGCUGCUGAUGGUGCUGCAGAGGCUGGAGGGUGUCUUGGUGCGGGCAGUGUAUGAUGGGCGCAUGGCCAGUGUGGGGCUCAGUGACGUGGCCUUGGAUGUCACCGGCCCUGGAGACACCGGCUUGGAACCCGCCGGGGACGUUGAGGAGUGCAGGUGUCCUGUGGGCUACACUGGGCUGUCAUGCCAGCGGUGCGCUGCCAACUUUGAGCGGGUGCCGCAAGGCCCCUACCUGGGGACGUGCUCUGGCUGCAGCUGCCAUGGCCACUCCAGCACCUGCGACCAGGUCUACGGGCAUUGCCUGAACUGCCAACACAACACUGAGGGUCCCCAGUGUGAGAAGUGCAAACCCGGCUUCUUCGGUGAUGCCACGCAGGGCACGGCCACCGCCUGCCGCCCCUGCCCCUGCCCCUACACUGAGCCAGCCCGCAGGUUCUCCGAGUCGUGCUUCUUGGACACGGACGGCCAGGCCACCUGUGACGCCUGUGCCCCUGGCUACGCCGGUCGCCGCUGUGAGAGGUGUGCCCCGGGCUACGAAGGAGACCCCAUCCAGCCUGGCGGCAAGUGCACCCGCAUCGGCCAGGAGCUCGUCAAGUGUGAUGCACGUGGGGGCAAGGAUGCGGUGGGUGGCACAUGCCGCUGCAAGCCCAACGUGACGGGGCGGCAGUGUGACGAGUGCGCCGUGGGGACCUUCCACUUGAGCGAUGCCAACCCUGACGGCUGCCUCAAGUGCUUCUGCAUGGGUGUCUCACGGCAGUGCGCUAGCUCCUCCUGGAGCCGCGAUCAGGUCCGUGUCACUUCUGAGGAGGUGGCACCGCUGCACCUGGCCAACCUGGCGGGCACGAGGACGGCCAUUAAGGGCUCGCGCUUUGCUGCCCUGGGGGAACUCAUCUUCUCGGACUUCCACACGCUGCCUCGUGACGUCUACUUCUGGGUGCUGCCCACAUCCUUCACUGGAGACAAGGUGACAUCGUACGGGGGUGAGCUGAAGUACACGGUGACGCACCGAGCACCGGUGGGUGCCCAGCCGCUGCAGCACCAGCCUGACGUCCUGCUGCAAGGCAACGGGAUCUCCCUCAAGUACUUCUCCGAUGCCAGCCCUGCGCCUGGUGUCCCCACCACCAUCACGGUGCCCUUCCGCGAGCACGCCUGGCGCAGAGUGGAUGGACGCGAUGCCACCCGGGAGCACCUCCUGAUGGCCCUGGCUGACAUCGAUGUCCUCAUGAUCCGCGCGUCCUACUCAGAGCAGCCGACAGAGAGCAGGCUCGCUGAUGUCCGUCUGGAUGUGGCUGUGCCCCAUGCCACUGGCCGGCCACCGGCACUGGAGGUGGAAGACUGCACCUGCCCGCCCGGGUACCGUGGCCCCUCGUGCCAGGACUGCGACGUGGGCUAUGCGCGCAGCACCAGCGGGCUCUACCUGGGCACCUGCGAGCGCUGUCAGUGCCAUGGGCAUGCCACCGAGUGCCACCCUGAGACCGGCGAGUGCCAGGGCUGCCGGGACCACACAGAGGGUUCUCAGUGUGACAAGUGCCAGCCUGGCUACUAUGGCGAUGCCACUCGUGGGACCCCAGGCGACUGCCGGCCCUGCCCAUGCCACGGGCCCCAUACUGACAGGCAGAGCUGCUUUGAGGACACAGAUGGGCAGCCUACGUGCAGUACCUGCGCUCCAGGACACACUGGGCGGCUCUGCGAGAGGUGCUUGCCCGGCUACAUGGGGGACCCACUGCGGGGAGAGCUGUGCCGAGAGCCAGGGGCCACUGGUGGCCAGUGCCAGUGUGACAUGCAGGGCAGCACCAGCGAGCAGUGCGAUGCCAGCGGGCUAUGCCAGUGCAAGGCCAAUGUGGAGGGCCCACACUGUGCCACCUGCCGCCCCCACCACUUCCACCUGAGUGCCGAAAACCCAGCAGGCUGCCUGCCCUGCUUCUGCAUGGGCAUCGUGCAGCACUGCACCAGCACCUCCUACUCCCGGGACAUGGUGCGAACUCCGUUCGCCGCUGGGAGCUGGCAGGGCUUUGCGCUGGUGAACCGACAGCGCAGCACCCGUGUGGCCACUGGCUUCAGUGUGGAGAUGGGCACCCAGGGGCCUCAGCUCACCUAUGGGCGCUUUGGGGAGCUGUCCCCUGAGUCCUACUACUGGCAGCUGCCCCAGCCCUACCUGGGCGACAAGGUGGGCUCCUAUGGUGGGCGGCUCCGCUACACCCUGACCUACACCCCAGGGGGCCGGGAGAGUCCCCUGCCUGAUGCCGACAUCCAGAUCACGGGCAACGACAUCACACUGGUGGCCUACCAGCCCGAACUGCCACCCCGCACACCACGUGCCUAUGAGAUCAUUUUCCAGGAGCACCACUGGCAGCGGCCAGACGGGCAGCCAGCCACGCGGGAGCACCUGAUGAUGGCACUGGCUGACCUAGACGAGAUCCUCAUCCGUGCCACCUACGCCAGCAGCACAGCCCGGGCCGCCAUCGCUGCCCUCAGCAUGGACACAGCUGUGCCCCCCCGGCCCGGCCUGCCCCCAGCACCAGAGGUGGAGGAGUGCCGGUGCCCACCAGGGUAUCGCGGCCUGUCCUGCCAGGACUGUGCCCCUGGCUACACACGCACUGGGGGCGGCCUGUACCUGGGACACUGCGAGCUCUGUGAGUGCAAUGGCCACUCUGACACCUGCCACCCCGAGAGUGGCCUCUGCUCUGGCUGCCUGCACAACACAGCGGGGGACUUCUGCGAGCAGUGUGCACCCGGCUUCUAUGGGGACGCCACCGCUGGCACACCUGAGGACUGCCAGCCCUGCGCCUGCCCGCUGCUGCACCCUGAGAACCAGUUCUCGAGGACCUGUGAGAGCCUGGGAGGUGGUGGGUACCGCUGCACUGCCUGCGCGCCAGGGUACACCGGGCAGUACUGUGAGCGGUGUGCUCCAGGCUACACAGGAGACCCCAGUGUGCAGGGCCAGACCUGCAUUCCACUGGGCCCACCAUCCCUACUCAGCGUCCGCGUCCACCCACCGCGCACGGCAGUGCCACAGGGCAGUGCGGUGACACUGCGGUGCCAGGCCAUCGGAGAACCCCCCUUGUACUACCACUGGUCCCGAGAGGAUGGGCGGCCCCUGCCCAGCAGUGCCCAGAGCCGGCGGCAAGGUGAGGAGCUGCACUUUGCCAACAUCCAGCCCUCUGAGGCCGGUGUCUAUGUCUGCUCCUGCCGCAACCUGCAGCACAGCAACAGCAGCCGCACUGAGGUCAUCGUCACCGAGACCCCCACCAAGCCCAUCACCGUCACCGUGGAGGAGAAGAGGGUGCAGCGAGUGAAGCCUGGGGCUGACGUCACCUUCAUCUGCACAGCCAAGAGCAAGUCCCCUGCCUACACCCUGGUGUGGACACGGCAGAACCACGGGACACUGCCAUCACGCGCCAUGGACUUCAACGGCAUCCUCACUAUCCGCAACGUGCAGCCUGAGGACGCCGGUGUCUACGUAUGCACUGGCUCCAACAUGCUGGACAUGGAUGAGGGCACAGCCACGCUCUAUGUCCAGGCCCCCUCAAAGACCCAGAUGUUUUAUGGACCCGUUGAGUUUAUGGAGGGGCACAGACCGGCUGCCACCGCCACCGCCCCCACCGCCAGCGUGGAGCCAGCGCAGCUGAGCGUGGCACCAGGGCAGCCAGCCGAGUUCCGCUGUGUGGCCACCGGCAACCCCACACCCACCCUUGAGUGGCUCGGUGCGCUGCCACCGCGAGCGGUUGUCCAAGGUGGGACACUGCGGUUCAGCGCUGUUGAGCCAUCUGAUGAGGGGCACUACGCGUGCCGCGCACGCAGCAGCUCCGGGCAGGACAUGGCACGGGGUUACCUUCAUGUGCAAGGUGCCAAUGAGCCGCGGGUGCAGGUUAGCCCAGAGCGGACAGAGGUGCAGGAGGGCUCAACAGUGCGGCUGUACUGCCGCGUGUCGGGGUCACCCACUGCCACCAUCUCCUGGGAGAAGCAGGGUGGCACCCUGCCACUGCAGUCCCGCUCUGAGCACACUGACAUCGCCACACUGCUCAUCCCCUCCAUCACUGUCGCUGACGGUGGCAUCUACCUCUGUGUGGGCACCAGCGCUGCUGGCACGGCCCGCGCCAGCAUUGAGGUGGUGGUGGUGCCAGGAGCCGCACCACCUGUGCGCAUUGAGUCCUCAUCACCUUCUGUGACUGAGGGACAGACUCUGGACCUCGACUGCGUGGUGGCAGGAUCUGGCCAUGUCACUAUCACCUGGUACAAGCGCGGCGGCUCCCUGCCUGCAGGCCACCAGGUAUCAGGGUCCCGUCUCCGUGUCCCCCAUGUCACCGUAGCUGAUUCAGGCGAGUACGUGUGCCGGGUGAGCUCGGGGACCAGUGUCCGUGAGGCAUCCGUCUUCGUCACUGUUGUGUCCAGUUCUGGUUUGUCCUACGGACCACCAGCCUCAGGUGGCCAGGCUCCUGUCAGGAUUGAGGCAUCCUCCUCUGCCGUGGCUGAAGGACAGACCUUGGACCUCAACUGUGUCAUUGCCAGCCCUUCGCAGGCCACCGUCACCUGGUACAAGCGUGGUGGGUCCCUGCCGGCCAGGCACCAGGUGUCUGGAUCCCGGCUGCGACUGCUGCAGGUGACAGCGGCUGACUCAGGCGAGUACGUGUGCCGGGCGAGCAGUGGGACCACCACCAAGGAAGCCAGCGUCAUGGUGACCAUCCAGCCCAGAGGGGCCGGCUCCUACCCCCCAGGUGGCACAACACCGCUGCGCAUCGAGUCCUCAUCCUCUGCUGUCACCGAGGGACAGACCCUGGACCUCAACUGUGUCAUCGCCAGCCCUGCACAAGCCACUGUCACCUGGUACAAGCGUGGCGGGUCCCUACCAGCCAGGCACCAGGUGUCCGGCUCCCGGCUGCGGCUGCUGCAGGUGACAGUGGCCGACUCGGGCGAGUACGUGUGCCGGGUGAGCAGUGGGACCACCACCAAGGAAGCCAGCGUCAUGGUGACCAUCCAGCCCAGCGGGGCUGGCUCCUACCCCCCAGGUGGCACAACGCCACUGCGCAUUGAGUCUUCAUCCUCCACUGUCACUGAGGGGCAGACCCUGGACCUCAACUGCGUCAUCGCCAGCCCUGCACAAGCCACUGUCACCUGGUACAAGCGCGGCGGGUCCCUACCAGCCAGGCACCAGGUGGGGGACAUGGAGGGGACUGUCCCUAAGGUGUCUGGCUCCCGGCUGCGGCUGCUGCAGGUGACAGCGGCCGACUCAGGUGAGUAUGUGUGCCGGGUGAGCAGCGGGGCCACCACCAAGGAAGCCAGCGUCAUGGUGACCAUCCAGCCCAGCGGGGCCGGCUCCUACCCCUCUGGUGUCAUGCCCCCGGUACGUAUUGAGUCCUCGUCAUCCUCUGUGUCCGAGGGACAGACUCUGGACCUUGACUGCAUUGUGGCCAGCCAGGGCCAGGCCACCAUCACCUGGUACAAGCGUGGCGGGUCCCUGCCAGCCAAGCACCAGGUGUCAGGCACCCGCCUGCGCAUCCCCCAGGUGUCAGCGGCCGAUUCUGGCGAGUACGUGUGCCGGGUGGCCACAGGUGGUGUCACACAUGAGACAUCCCUCAUUGUCACCAUCCAGACCGGCGCUGGCUCCUCAUACGCUGUGGGCGUCACGCCACCUGUGAGGAUUGAGACCUCGUCUGCCUCCGUCACUGAGGGACAGACCCUGGACCUCAACUGUAUGGUGGCUGGGCAGGGCCACCCCCAAGUCACGUGGUACCGGCGCGGGGGGGCUCUGCCCCCCAACAGCCAGGUGUCAGGCACCCACCUGCGCCUCACCCAGGUGUCAGUGGCCGAUUCGGGCGAGUAUGUGUGCCGGGUCACCCUGGGGACCACCACACAGGAGGCUUCUGUCAUCGUCACCGUCCCCAGCAGUGCUGGCACCUACUACUCCCCUGGAGCCUCCCAGCCCGUACGCAUUGAGUCCUCAUCCUCCGCCAUCGCCGAGGGACAGACCCUUGACCUCAACUGUGUGGUGGGAGGAUCUGGUCCCACUACUGUCACCUGGUACAAGCGUGGUGGCUCCCUGCCUGCUGGCCACCAGGUGUCAGGCACCCGCCUGCGCAUCCCGCAGGUGUCGGCAGCUGAUUCGGGUGAAUACGUGUGCCGAGUGACUACGGGCGGCGUCACGCAGGAGACAUCCCUCGUUGUCACCAUCGAUGAUGGUGCCAGCCCCUCCCACCCCUCCAGUGUCAUGCCACCUAUCCGCAUUGAGUCCUCAGCAUCCUCUGUCACCGAGGGACAGACCCUGGACCUUGACUGCGUGGUGGCCGGCCAGGGCCAGGCCACCUUCACCUGGUAUAAGCGCGGCGGGUCUCUCCCAGCCAAGCACCAGAUGUCUGGGUCCCGCCUGAGGCUCUCACAGCUCUCUGUGGCUGAUUCGGGCGAGUACGUGUGCCGGGCAGACUUGGGCAGCACCUCCCGUGAGGCCAGUGUUGUUGUCACCGUCACCUCACGUGACAGCUCCAGCUACCGCCUGCAGAGCCCCAUCAUCUCCAUCGACCCGCACAGCAUGGCUGUGGCCCCGGGCGAGGAUGCCACCUUUAAGUGCCGCAUCCACGACGGUGCUCGGCCCAUCAAUGUCACCUGGCGGAUGGGGCCUGGCCAACACCUCCAAGACAACGUGAAGAUCAGUGCCAAUGGUUCUGUCAUCUCUAUCACUGGUGCCCAUGUGGGCAACCAGGGUGCGUACCACUGCGUGGCCUCCAACCGCUUCGGCGUUGCCAGCAGCGUCGUCAACCUCCUGGUGCAAGGUGCCCCCACAGUGUCAGUGAUGCCACCAGGCCCUGUGACAGUGAAGGAGGGCAAAUCUGUCAGCCUAGAGUGCCUGGGCCGGGGUGAGCCACGGCCACUGGUGCGCUGGAGCCGUCUGGGCUCGCGGCAGAAGGUGGAGCACCAGACGCUGCUGCACAUGGACAGCCAGGCCGUGCUGCAGCUCUCACCAGCCAAACCAGAGCAUGCCGGGACCUACAUCUGCACAGCACAGAGUGCCCUGGGUUCAGCACAAGCUCGCGUGGAUGUCACCGUGGAGACGGCACAGAGGCAUCCUGGGGCCCCCAGGGUCACUGCACCGCCCACCGUCACAGUGGUGGCUGGGGACACCGCCACACUGCACUGCUCGGCCACAGGUGAGCCAGAGCCCAGGAUCGAGUGGUCAAAGCUGCGGGCACCGCUGCCCUGGCAGCACCGCGUGGUGAAUGGCACCCUGGUGAUCCCCCGUGCUGCGCAGCAGGACUCGGGCCAGUACAUCUGCAAUGCCAGCAGCCCUGCCGGCUUCACUGAGGUCUUCAUCACCCUCGAUGUGGAGACCCCGCCGUACGCCACGAGCCUACCAGAGGACAGCACGGUGCGCGCGGGCGACAUGGUGCAGCUUCAGUGCCUGGCCCACGGCACCCCGCCGCUGCUCUACACUUGGGACAAGCUCAACGGCAGCCUGUCCCCCCGCGCCGUGCCCCGCGCCGGCCUCCUGCGCAUCAGCCCCGUGCUGCCUGCCGACGCCGGCACCUACCGCUGCCUGGUCACCAACCGUGUGGGCACCGCCGAGACCUUUGCCCGCGUCGCUGUCCAUGGUGACGGCGGCAGUGAUGGCGGUGGUCCCCUGGCCGUGCGGGUAACACCGGGGAGCCUGGUGAAAGGGGUGGGCAGCACGGCCGAGUUCUCCUGUGCUGCGUCAGACCCGCGGGCGCGCCUGGAGUGGCUGAAGGAUGGUGGGGAGCUGCCCCCCCGGCACAGCGUGCGGGACGGGGUGCUGCGGAUCCCAGAGCUGGUACAAGGGGCACAAGGGGUGUAUGUGUGCCGGGCCAGUGCUCCAGGCGGGCAGGUGGAGGACCGGGCCACGCUUGCUGUGCAGGCUCUGCCCAGGGCCCUGAUUAACAUCCGGACGGCGGUGCAGACGGUGCUGGCAGGCACGGAGGUGGAGCUGGAGUGCCUAGGGCUGGGCGAGCCACAGCCCCAUGUCACCUGGAGCAAAGUGGGAGGUCGGAUCCGCCCAGGGGUGCUGGUUCGCGCCGGCACCCUGACCAUUGAGCGGGUGGAGCGGGCGGAUGCGGGGCAAUACCGCUGCACUGCCACCAACUCCGUGGGCACCGUGCAGUCCCACGUCAUCCUCCAUGUGCAGGCUGCCCCACACAUCGCUGGGCAGCCAGAGGUGAAGGAGGUGUCAGUGGGCUCAGUGGCCAUCCUGCCUUGCCUGGCGUCCGGCUUCCCCGUGCCGGAGAUCAGCUGGAGUAAGCUGGAGGGAGAGCUGCCAGAAGGUGCGCGGGUGGAGGGCACAGCACUGAUGCUGCCAGCCGUGCGCCCCGAGGAUGCUGGCGUGUAUGCCUGUGCUGCCAGCAACCGCCGCGGCCAGGAGAGGGCCUUCUACGUGCUGAAGGUGCGAGAGCGCCUGGUGCCCUACUUCACGCAGACGCCCCGCUCCUUCCUGCCGCUGCCCACCAUCAAGGAUGCCUACAAGACCUUCGAGAUCCAGAUCACCUUCCGGCCCGACGCUGCCGAUGGGAUGCUCCUCUACAACGGGCAGCGCAAGAGCAGUGGCGCCGACUUUAUUUCCUUCGGGCUGGUGGGCGGGCGCCCUGAGUUCAGGUUUGAUGCUGGCUCUGGCAUGGCCACCAUCCGGGAUCCAACACCACUGCGCCUGGGCAAGUACCACACCGUGCGCCUCUUCCGCAACCUGACACGUGGCUCGCUGCAGGUGGAUGGGCAGCCCCCUGUUAAUGGGACUUCGCAGGGCAAGUUCCAAGGGCUGGACCUGAAUGAGGAGCUGUACCUCGGCGGGUACCCCGAUUAUGCCAUCGUGGCCAAGACAGGGCUGAGUCGCGGCUUCGUGGGCUGCGUGCGCCAGCUGCGCAUCCAGAACGAGGAGGUGGCCUUCGGGGAGCUGGACCUGCAGGCACAUGGUGUCUCCAACUGUCCCACGUGCCAGGACCGGCCCUGCCAGAACGGUGGCAUCUGUGAGGAUGCGGAGAGCAGCACCUACGUCUGCCACUGUCCCCAUGGCUUCACCGGCAGCAACUGCGAGUACUCGCAGGCUCUGCACUGCCACCCAGAGGCGUGUGGGCCUGAUGCCACCUGUGUCAGCCGGCCAGAUGGGCAGGGCUAUAGCUGCCGCUGCCACCUGGGCAAGUCCGGGGAGAGGUGCACUGAAGGCGAGGCGGUGAGCGUGCCGUCCUUUGAUGAGGUGGGCGCCUUCGUCUCAUACCCACCCCUGACCAACGUGCACCAUGAGCUGCGGGUGGAGGCCGAGUUCCUGCCGCGUGCACCUGAUGGACUGCUGCUCUUCAGUGCUGGCAAAGCCUCCCCAGUCGAGGACUUCGUUGCCAUCGCCAUGGUCGGCGGCCACCUCGAGUUCCACUAUGAGCUGGGCUCAGGCACAGCGGUGCUGCGGAGCAUCGAGCCGGUGGCGCUGGGCCGCUGGCACCGGGUGACAGCUGAGCGGGUGCACAAGGACGGGACAAUGACGGUGGACGGCGGUGCCCCGGUGCAACGCUCCUCACCCGGCAAGAGCCAGGGGCUCAACCUGCGCAGCCCGCUCUACCUGGGGGGUGUGGAGCCCCCCCUGCGGCCCCCCACCAACGCCUCCUUCCAGGGGUGCAUCGGCGAGGUCUCCAUCAACGGGAAGAAGGUGGAUCUGUCGUACAGCUUCCUGCGCAGCCGGGGCGUAGGGCAGUGUGGGCAGAGCUCGCCCUGCCUGCACGCACCCUGCCUGCAUGGUGGCCGCUGCCUGCCCCUGCCUGCUGGCAGCCCGCCCUUCCGCUGCCUCUGCACCCCUGGCUUCAGCGGGCCGCGCUGCGAGCGGGUGGCCGACCAGUGCCUGGAGCACAACCCCUGCCUGCACGGUGGCACCUGCAAGGACAACAGCUGCAUCUGCCCUGAGGGCUACGCCGGCCCCUACUGCCAGCAUGGUGCAGCGCAAGCAGAGCUGGACCGGGACUGGCAGGAGGGCAGCGGUGGCAGCGACACCCCCGGGCAGUUCAGCGCCGCAUUCCGUGAGGGCUCCUACCUGGCCCUGCCCGGCCACCUCUUCCCCCAUGGUGCACCCGAUUUGCAGGACACCAUUGAGCUGGAGCUGAGGACAAGGAGCACUGAGGGGCUGCUUCUGUGGCAUGGGGCGGAGAGUGGCAAAGCCAAAGACUUCGUGGGGCUGGGCCUGAAGGAUGGGCACCUGGUGUUCAGCUACCAGCUGGGCAGUGGCGAGGCCACCAUCAUCUCCGAAGACCCUGUCAAUGAUGGCGAGUGGCACCACGUGACGGUGGCCAGGCAGGGCCGGCGCGGGUGGCUGCAGGUGGAUGGGGAGGAGCCGGUGCUCGGAGAGUCCCCAGGAACCAAUGUCAUGGCCAACACCCAGGGCAGCGUCUACAUCGGCGGUGCCCCAGACCCCCGCAGCCUCACAGCCGGCAAGUUCCUCAGCGGUGUGUCAGGAUGUGUGCGGAGCCUGGUGCUGGCACCCGCAGGGACCCCCCGGCACCCCAUUGACCUGCGGCAUGGCGCGGUGGGGGGCUCUGCUAUUGCCCCCUGCCCCUCCUAGCCCCCCUCUCCCCCCCCACACAGCUUGGGGGAUGAGUUCUGUCGGGUUUAUUAUUAUUUUUCCAAAAAGCCACGAGAAAACGGUGCUUCGCUGCCCUGGGAUAGCUCCGGGGGGGCCGGGACCCCACAACAAUGUUUACACCCCCCCUCCCCACUCCCGACCCAACCCACGCUGGGGCGGCCGGGCCGCUCGGGUGCCUCCUGGGGUGGCACCUGGGUGGGGGGCGCAAGGGACAAUCCUGGGUGUUGGUGGGGGCAGUGGGCUCCCCCAGCCCCCCCGUGCUGGGACACCCAUUAAAGGAGAGAGAACGAGCA